AUGUCACAAAGGUACAAAAAUUUCAUGGCUCCAGAAAUCUUUGUAAGCCAAACCUUUAACCCAUUCCAGUCUGAUAUUUGGGCAUUAGGAGUGACAAUCUAUUUUAUGGCCACAAAAUGUCUUCCUUUUUAUGCUCAAAAUACAAAUCAUUUAAUUUCCUUGAUUAUGAAUAACAUGUAUGAUGAUAAACUUAUCAAAGAUCCUCUUUUGAGACAAGUUAUUUCUAAAUGUUUAGUAACUAGUCCAUUUCAAAGAGCAACUGUUGAUGAGUUGCUUGAAAUGCCGUAUUUUAGUUCUAAAAUCAGCAGCUCACCAAGUAAACCUAUCAUGAAACCCAUGGGAUUAUAUGUUAGACCAAGACUUAACAGGAAGAAUUCGGCAAAAUUUGGAUCUCAUUUAAGUUGGAAUCCAGAUCAAUUUGCUUUGAAGGCAUCUUCCCCAUCAACAGAACUUUCUAAUAAUUCAUUAUAA